AUGUCCAACGCAAUCCAACGUUUCUUUGGCAAAAAGACACCAGAUGAACUUGUCAAAAAAUGGAGACAGGAAAUAAGAGCACAACAAAGAGGUAUUGAUAGACAAAUAAGGGCUAUUGAUACAGAAGAAGCCAAAGUGAAACGAUCGAUUAAACAAGUGGCUAAAAAGGGCGAUACCAAGAACUGUAAGAUGUUGGCCAAGGAACUGAUACGUUCACAAAGGCAUAAGAAUAGGCUUUAUACCAGUAAAGCACAAAUGAAUUCGAUUAUUAUGCAGUUAGAACAUCAACUAGCUACAUUAAAAGUAGCAGGUUCACUUCAAAAGAGUGGCGAGGUCAUGAAGCUUGUAAAUCAAUUGGCAAGAUUACCUGAAAUGUCGCAAACAAUGCAACAAAUGUCCAUGGAAAUGACCAAGGCUGGUAUUAUGGAAGAAAUGAUCGGAGAUACAAUGGAAAUGAUGGAUGAUGAGGAUAUUGAAGAAGCAGCCGAUGAAGAAGUGAACAAUGUCUUAUUUCAAAUCACAGACGGUUUGCUCGGCGAGGCUGGUUCUGUUGGCCCAGCACUCGAGACAAAACCUGGGGUUCAACAAGAAGAAGAGGAAGAGGAAGAAGAAGAAGAAGGACCUGAAUUAGAUAUGAUGCAAAAACGUUUACAGGCACUAAAAGGAUAA